UAAUAAUAAUAAUAGUAAUAGUAAUAGUAAUAGUAAUAAUAAUAAUAAAAUGUAUUAAAUAUUAUAAUUUUUUUUUUUGUAUGCGCACCGCGUCGUGUUUCGUGAUGCUGCCGUCGAGCGUUUUGUAUACCGCCGCACAACCGUGAUUAGAGAUUAGUAGAUUAGUUUUUUUGUACGUACGUGUGUGCGCGCGAUUGUGCGCGUGUUAUUAGAUAUUUUUUAAUUGCCACCGCGUUAUUAUAACACGGUCCGUUGGACGAACAAAUUUUUUUAUAACGCACACGCACACGCAAACGCGAUAAUAACUAUUGAAUAAUGUGUCGCUAUGCACAAUAUUGACUUGUAAUCCACGCGUGUGUACACGACACGCACGGUAUACGUUCGGUGUUUCGAUAAGUUUCGGCUUCUUUGAUUCUGUACGAUGCGCCGUUGUCAAUGUCCGUUUUCAUCGCGUAGCCGUCGUUGUCGCCGUCAAGUUCAUUCCGUUUCGUAGUCGCGAGGUGCCCGCUCGCGUCGUUGCGUUCCGCCGCGCGUUGCACGUCCGAUGAAAAAGCUCUGAGCGCCGUCGUCUCGUCGCGUUCAAAUGGAAUCCAUUGGCCGUUCCGCUAUCAUGGGUAGCAACACCAACACGGCGGUGUCCACCAUUGCCAACGCUACCUCGUCGGCCGUCGUCGGGCUCCUGCUGUCGCACACCAGACCUUCGGUGGCGACCAUUUCGAGCAACACGAAGACCACCGGACUGUGUCACAACGGCAACCAGAGAAUGCCACUGCAACACUGCGCCAACGGUAGCAACGUCAUACAACAUCACCAAUAUACGCCUAUACUAGUGGCGUCGCAGCCGCCGACUUUGGUACCGAUACAUUCUGCUCAGACCGGUUCAAUGUUGCCUGCGUCGCCUCAGCUAAUGCUGUCGACAGCGACUGUCACCACUUCAGGAGUAAUACCGCAGUUUCAACAGCACAAUGGACCACAUCAAUUGGUCACUGCUGCUGCGGCACCUGUAUCCGUCACCCCCAUAGCCAUGCCCUCCUCAAACGUUACCUCCGUUGGCAUGGCGUUGAGUCCCUUUGGUAUAUUGCCACACGAGCGUGUGGUACCACACAACACUCAUCAUCGUCACCAGCACAGAAAACUACAGUGUCCACAGUCUUCUAAAAUCAUUAUGGACAACACUAACAACACUAGUGGCACGCAAAUAUUAACUGCACCAGCCGUCAAUUCGCAGCGUUUUUAUAUCGAACCGACUCAUCCCAGUAAUAAAAUUAAACAAUACGACAGCAUUCAGCCACAGGCGCAGGCACAACCGCAGCCGCAGCCACAGUCACAGCCACAGCAUAGAAUCAAAAUUGUCAAUAGCAUUUCUGAUAAAAGUCUGCCAGUGGUAUCCAAUGCGUAUGUCCCACAACCCUAUGAACAACGUUACCAACCAAGAACUGCGCCUCAACAAGUAGGUUAUUUGUCUGUUAUUACUCGUACAGCAGUGCCAACGACUAAUGGUGUGAUGAAUGACAUAACAGCAAACAAUAAUUAUUACCAAGCACAGCCUUUACCGUUACAAUCGAAGACUCCUGAUAAUCAUGACAGACAAUAUUACCAUUUCGACAAUACGGUCUCUGCUAGCCAAACACCUCAACAGCAACUGGACAACAUUUUACUAAUGGGAACUCCAGUUCAACGUGGUGAUCCUAUGCAUAUUGUUAAAAAUUUACAAUCCAUGCAGACUGAUAUUGAUUGUUAUGGUGUUAAAAAAAUGAUUGACCAACAACCUAGGUUAAUGGCUACUGACAAUGGUAAAACUAUUUCACCAACAAAUUUGUUAGGUAAUAAUAAUAAUAAAUGUUUAAUCGAGCAUCAGCAUCAGCAUCUCCAACAGUUGCCUAAAUCUGCUUUAAUUGACCCGUCAUCAUCCUACAGUGAUCAAUAUUUCAAUAGACGUCAGCCACCUCCUGCACAUCUUCAUCACCAUCAUAAUCAAUCACAUUUACAGCAACAUAUUGUCACUGGUAAUGCCAAAAUGUUACCCACACCUACAUCUCUAACUGUUGUUUCUGCUAAUGGAAAUACAUAUUUAGAUGUACAGCAGCACCAACGUAACCAUCGUUGGAAUUUGGACCAUCAAAAACCACCCAUUGUAUCAACUUCAUCAUGUUUUACUGGAAAUAUUUCUUCUGGGAUAUUUCAUCAGCCAUCACUGCAUCAGCACCAUCAUCAACAACAAUAUAACAACACAGUUCAAUCAUUUAAUGUUCAACCACCUCCGACAAGUGUUAAUCAUCAACAUCAACAUGUUUCACAACCAACCCAUCAUAAUAAUUUUACUGUGUCAUCAGUAGAUCCAACGUAUUAUAGUCCUACAACUACAAUGGUUUCACCUACUGUCACUUCUGUAACCACAACUAGUCCAUCAUUAGCAUUAUACAAUCAAACACAGAAUAAUAAUCAAAGACAACAUAAUAACAUUUUUCAAGACUUCAGUAAUAAUUUGCAAGGUGGGAGUUAUGUUGUAAAUGAUGAUAACAAACCAUUAUGUUUGCCACAUGUUGUCGUCCCUAAUAUUGAAGAGGAAUUGCGUCACCUUUGUGAUGACUCUACUACUACUACUACUACUACUACUACUACAACUGAUACCGAGACAACUGUUACUACUACUAUUACUACUACAACUACUUCUACUACUACUAGGGUUAAACCGUUAAAUAUAAUUACUCAAAAACCUUCAUUUAUUGAUAGUUAUAUUAAAUUUAUACAUGGUGGUACAAGCGGUAUGGCUGAAAAACCAGAAGAUGAAUGUAAUGAUAAAUCAAAAAAAUUAUCAACACUAUUAUUGUCAUCAUCACCAAAACCCAUAUCUAAGCCUUAUGUGCCUUUGCCAAAACCAAAAGUCUUAACAACAACUGAACAGACCUCUCGUAAUGGUUCUGGUGAAGAUAUUAAAAAGACAAAUAAUGUUACAACAACAACAACAGAUGACGAUCCACGAUAUUUUCCAUUGCCUAAAACUUCAUCGAUCGCCGGUUUAAGUGACGAUAGAAGUGAUGGUAGUAAUGGUGAAAACAGUUGGUUGUCAGAUGACGAACAAGAUCAAUGGUGGAUAUCUUCUUCAAAAGCAUCUAGUAAUACAACAGCAACAUCAGUGAUAAAAAAUAAAGUAGAUGUCUUUAGCAAAAAAAAAAAUAGUGGCACCACGAAAAGAAAACGAACUAAUACUGUUGUACCAAUCAAAAAACAAAAAACAUAUCAUAAUAUACAACAACCUAAAAGACAAUUAUCUCACCGAUUGGCUAAAGAAAAAUCUCAACAAUUGCUUAGCAGUUUAAAUGGUGAAUUGGAUGUAGAUGAUAACGAUGCUUUAUCAGAUACUGAUUCUGAUGUUGACCCAGCUUGGAGACCAAACAAUGAUGAUAAUGACAUACCUAAAAUUUCCAAUUCAAUGAAUAGUCGUCAUAAAAAGUACUCAAAAGAGCAAAAUUCAAAUAAUAGUCAUUCACCAUCAACCUCAUCUUCAAUCAAUAAUAAUAAUAACGAUCAUCUAGAUGACUCAACAGUCUUUAAGUCUGGUACAUUUGUUGCCCUAAAACGUCAAUUUUUGGAUAAUGAACAUGUAUAUCCACAACAUUUAUGGAGAGUUGACGGAAAAUCAUUGUUACAAAAAUUUACACGAUGCAAUGAAAAUAAUAUGUACAAGAGUGUAUCAACUUAUACUGGUUGGAGUCCAUCACAUUAUAAUAUGUAUCGUCAAGUUGAUGUUAAAAUUAUUACAUCAGAGAAUAGUGAUAAUAGCAUUCCAAAUAAAUCAUCAACCAUUGAAAUUUUGGUACAAUUAUUACCUGGCAAUAGCAACAAACCUGUUAAAAAUAAUUCUAUUGUCAAGACUACUAGUUCUACUUAUAACCACAUCUCUAAAUUAAAAGUUGAUGCGAUCAAUUCUAAUUUGUCUACAAACUCUUUUGUGGAUGAGCAAAGCGUGAUGCUACGUACCAAUUUUGAUGUGUAUAUCCAAUCAUUAGCAUCACAAGCACUGGACUCAAAUUUUCUUGAAGAAAUUUACCGUGAGAAAGAUCAGUACUUUUUAAGCAAUCUCAGUGCUAUUGAAACAGUAACAGAAACUUGGAAGAAAACAAUAGAUUCUACAAUGUUUAAAGAUGUAGUAACAGAUUUGUCCAAAGUAGAAAAUGUAUGGAUAAUUAUUGCUAAGUAUCCAAACAUGGAAAUUAAUUCGUUAGAUGAAAAAUCAAGGAAUAAUAUCAAUUUGCGCUGUUUGGUAUGUGGCAAUCAGGAAUUAGUGAAGAAACAACAGAAAGAGUUUGUCGAGAUAUGUCUAUCUGGUAUGGAGUACAGUUCUCAGACAUUAAAAAAUAUUAAUUCUAAUACAUUUUCCAAGGCCACGCCAGUAAAGCGAUUUCAUUGCUGUUCUAGCGCUCAGUGCGUAGACAAAUUAACUAUCUUACAUAGUCUUGAACACCUGAAAUAUUAUAUUUACAAAGAAUGUUGCAAACGUGUUACUGCUGAAAGCGAAAAUAGCUGUAAUGAUUCAACUCGUGACACAACCAAUGUUUUAAACCGAUUAUUAGCUGAUGACGAAUGGAUCGAAAAACUGUUUAAUUUGGUAUGCAAUACAUGGUCACAAGCUAAAAGUUUUGUUUCAAAAAACCAAUCAAAUUGCAGAGCAGUUUCGUCUUAGUAAUUUUAUUGGUAUAAUGUAUAUUUUAGGUAUACGAUAUUUUUUAAAAUAUAAUGGUUUACUACUGAAAUAGCCAUUGUCAUAUCAUAGUACCAACAGCCUUUGUUAAAUAUUUAGUGCCUUUAUCCAUUUUAUUAUUGCCAUUGUUAAAUUUUGUAUUAUAUCCAAAUUAUUUCUAAAAGGUUACCUUUGUACUUUUGACAGUUAAAUAUUUUAUUUUUUUACAACAUUAUACACUUUGUAUUUGUUAUUUGUUUUCAUAAACAAAUCAUGUGUUGUCAUAAUUUUAGUAUGCUUACAUGCGUAUAUGUAUGUAUAUGUUACCAUAAAAGACUGUUUACUUGUCAUAACCAAUGGCGCAAUUUCAAUAAUAAAAAAAAAAAAAAAAAAUGGGGUUGAUAAGCGCCCUCAAGCCCUCCACAUUGCGCCUAUGGUCUUAACCUCAAUUUAAUCAAUGUACUUUGGUAUUUAAUAAUAUUACUAAACUGUGUUAGUUAAAGAACAUUGACUCAAAUUUAUAGUGAAUUUGUAUCUUGGAAACAAUUUGAUUUUUAAAAAUAAAUAUAAACUUAUUAAUUAAA